AACUAACAGGCUGAGCAAACCAAGCUCCGCUCAGAGCGUGACAGAGUGCCUCCAGGCCAAGGUUGUCAGGGUAGUAACGAGCAGCAGCAAGCCGCCGUAGUCUGCCUCUCGUUUUGGGUUUUUUUCCCUUCUGCUUCUUCUUGCUCUAAGUGACACCCGGGCAGUGGAGACAACCCAAGGCCAGGCAGCAGCGGCAGCAGACAGCCCCACGUCCCACGAUUGCUGUACAGGUCCGCAGGCGCCACCAUUUGACUCGACAAAAGAAUGCGGAGUGAAGAUUGGGAGGCGCAGAGCGGAGCGUGGCUUUACCGGGGAGGCUCCGGCAAUAGCGCCGCUCGCCGUUGGCUGUAAGGAACUCGCGCGCACGGGGGCCGCUCGACGCCGCCACCGCUACUGCCACGCGAGACGCCGCCCCACGGACUUGGGCUCGAUUCCACGAGCGGCAUUGUUUCCCGACGACGCCGGCUGCCUGCUGGAGUGGGCGGCUCCACGUACGGGGGCCUCCGCGGGAGCUCUUCGCGUAACUGCUCGGCUCGCCCGGGUGCCUCGGAAGGCGUCCGGGGAGAAAUGUUUAGAGGGCUCUGCCUACGCCGUGGCGGCGUGGAUCGGGCGGCGUGAGGCGGGCGUCGGUUCGAGGGGAUCGUCGUUGGAGGUUUGGCAGCGGCAAGCCCGUGUGUCGCGGUGUCGUAGUGUUAUCGUCGUCGUUUGUUUAAGCCGUGGACAACUUUAAUCGCUGAGGAUUCGUCUUUGUUGUGUUUUGGUUUGGAAAAUCAAGAGAAUGAAGAAAAUCAGGGAACUUUCAAACGCCAAAUGAAAUUGCUGCCGCUUAUUUUUUUGAAGAAUCAAAGACAAACAUCAUCAUAAUACGUCAUUACAAAAUCUCAUAUUAAAACAACAACCCACACACGCACGUUCGUACGGAGGCCACGGGGAACCCAAAGUCCGACUCUGCGCUAUUUGAACGGGCGACAAGCGGGCGAGCCCCGAUGGCCGCCAACAACGGCUCGGAGGCCCUGUCUCCGAGGUCGGAUGGCUCGGAUGGCGGGCAAUUCGGCUGCUCCCUCAUGGAGCUGCGCUCCCUCAUGGAGCUCCGCGGUGAGACCGCCCUCCACGACAUCCAGCAGAAGUACACGGACGUGCCGGGGCUGUGCCGCCGUCUCAAGACCUCGCCCACCGAUGGGCUGAGCGACAGCGUGAGCGACCUGGAGAGGAGGAGGCAGGCGUUCGGCAGGAACGUCAUCCCCCCGCAGAAGGCCAAGUCCUUCCUGGAGCUCGUGUGGGAGGCCCUGCAGGACGUGACGCUCAUCAUCCUGGAGAUCGCCGCCAUCGUCUCCCUGGGCCUCUCCUUCUACCGGCCGCCCGAAGAGAGCAGCGAUGAGUGCGGCAUGCUGGCGGGCGGCGGCGGCGGCGACGACGGCGAGGCGGAGGCCGGCUGGAUCGAGGGCGUCGCCAUCCUCUUCUCGGUGGCCGUCGUGGUGCUCGUCACGGCCUUCAACGACUGGAGCAAGGAGCGCCAGUUCCGCGGCCUCCAGAACCGCAUUGAGCAGGAGCAGAAGUUCGCCGUGGUGCGCAACGGCCAGGUCGUGCAGAUCCCCGUCGCCGAGAUAUCCGUCGGCGACGUGGCCCAGGUCAAGUACGGUGACCUCCUGCCAGCGGACGGCGUCCUCAUCCAGAGCAACGAUCUGAAGAUCGACGAGAGCUCGCUCACCGGCGAGUCCGACCACGUGAAGAAGUCGGCCGACAGAGACCCCAUGCUGCUGUCGGGCACGCAUGUGAUGGAGGGCUCGGGCCGCAUGGUGGUGGCCGCCGUGGGCAUGAACUCUCAAACCGGCAUCAUCCUCACGCUCAUGGGGGCGAGCGCCAUGGAGGACGAGGCGUCGCCCAAGAAGGACAAGAAAGCUCCCAAGGCGACCAAUAAGAGUGGAGGUCGCCCCGACAGCAAGGGGCAUUCGGCCCACGCAGGCAAGAAGCCAGCUGGAGAGACGGGCCACGUGGAGCAAGGGAAACCAUCCACCAAUGACGUGGAUAUGGAGCUGGAACCCCUGAGGGACGUUGAGGCCGCCGUGGAGGAUGGCGGCGGCGGUGCACGCAAGAAGAAGUCUUUCACCCCCAAAAAGGAGAAAUCUGUGCUGCAGGGAAAGCUCACGAAACUGGCUGUCCAGAUUGGCAAGGCCGGCCUGGUGGUGUCGACUAUCACGGUCAUCAUCCUGGUGCUCUACUUCGUGAUCGACACGUUCGUGGUGCAGGGCCGCCCGUGGCAGUCCGAGUGCUCGCACGUCUACGUGCAGUACUUCGUCAAGUUCUUCAUCAUCGGCGUCACCGUGCUCGUCGUGGCCGUGCCCGAGGGGCUGCCCCUGGCCGUCACCAUCGCGCUGGCCUACUCCGUCAAGAAAAUGAUGAAGGACAACAAUCUGGUGCGGCACCUGGACGCGUGCGAGACGAUGGGCAACGCCACGGCCAUCUGCUCCGACAAGACGGGCACCCUCACCACCAACCGCAUGACUGUGGUGCAGGCGUACGUGGGCGGCGUGCACCAUCGCCGCGUGCCGGGGCCCGACGUCAUCCCCGAGCCUGUCAUGGACCUCCUGGUCACCGGCAUCUCCGUCAACUCGGCCUACACCACCAAGAUCCUGCCGCCGGAGAAGGAGGGCGGCCUGCCUCGGCAAGUGGGCAACAAGACGGAGUGCGCGCUGCUCGGGCUCGUGCUGGAGCUGGGCCAGGAGUACGCGCCGGUGCGCGACGAGGUGCCCGAGGAGGCGCUGUUCAAGGUCUACACCUUCAACUCGACGCGCAAGUCCAUGAGCACCGUCAUCCGCACGCCCGAGGGAGGCUACCGCCUCUACAGCAAGGGUGCCUCAGAGAUCCUGCUCAAGAAGUGCAAGCGCAUGCUGGGAGGCGACGGCAGCGUGGUGCCGUUCGGGGCGCGCGACCGGGAGGACGUGAACGGCGCCGUCAUCGAGCCCAUGGCCAACGACGGCCUGCGCACCAUCUGCCUGGCGUACCGUGACUUCCCGCCGGGCGGUGCGCCCGACUGGGAGAGCGAGGGCGACGUGGUCGCCGACCUCACGUGUGUCGCCAUCUGCGGCAUCCAGGACCCCGUGCGGCCCGAGGUCCCGGAGGCAAUCCGUAAGUGCCAGCGAGCAGGCAUCACGGUGCGCAUGGUGACGGGCGACAACAUCAACACGGCACGCGCCAUCGCCACGGCCUGCGGCAUCCUGCCCGCGGGCGGAGACUUCCUGUGCAUGGAGGGGAAGGAGUUCAACCGGCGAAUCCGCAACGAGCACGGCGAGAUCGAGCAGGAGCGUCUGGACCGCGUGUGGCCCAACCUGCGCGUGCUGGCGCGCUCCUCGCCCACAGACAAACACACGCUCGUCAAGGGGAUCAUCGACAGCACCUACGGGGUGCAGCGGCAGGUGGUGGCCGUGACGGGGGACGGGACGAACGACGGGCCAGCCCUCAAGAAGGCCGACGUUGGAUUCGCCAUGGGCAUCGCGGGCACCGACGUGGCCAAGGAGGCGUCGGACAUCAUCCUGACGGACGACAACUUCAGCUCCAUCGUGAAGGCGGUGAUGUGGGGGCGCAACGUCUACGACAGCAUCUCCAAGUUCCUGCAGUUCCAGCUCACGGUCAACGUGGUGGCCGUCAUCGUCGCCUUCACCGGGGCCUGCAUCACGCAGGAUUCGCCGCUCAAGGCCGUGCAGAUGCUGUGGGUGAACCUCAUCAUGGACACGCUGGCGUCGCUGGCGCUGGCCACGGAGCCGCCCACCGAGGCGCUGCUGCUGCGCCGGCCGUACGGGCGCAACAAGCCGCUCGUGUCGCGCACCAUGACCAAGAACAUCCUGGGCCACGCCAUCUACCAGCUCACCGUCAUCUUCACGCUGCUCUUCGCCGGCGAGGUGGUGCUGGACGUGGACAGCGGACGGCACGCUCCGCUGCACGCGCCGCCCUCGGAGCACUACACCGUGGUGUUCAACACCUUCGUCAUGAUGCAGCUCUUCAACGAGAUCAACGCGCGCAAGAUCCACGGGGAGCGCAACGUCUUUGACGGCAUCUUCCGCAACCCCAUCUUCUGCAUCAUCAUCGUGGGCACCUUUUUCGUGCAGGUCUUCAUCAUCCAGUUCGGAGGGAAGCCCUUCAGCUGCGCCAGCCUCAGCCUGGAGCAGUGGCUCUGGUGCAUCUUCCUGGGAGUCGGAGAGCUGCUGUGGGGACAGCUCAUCGCGACCAUCCCGAGCUGCCGGCUGCCGUCGCUGAAGCGGGCGGCCGCGGGCGACGAGCCGAGCGAGCCGGGCUGGGCCGGGCCGACGCGUGAGCAGGAGCAGGAGGAGAUGGACCAGGCCGAGCAGGAGCUGAGGCGCGGCCAGAUCCUGUGGUUCCGCAGCACGAACCGCAUCAAGACACAGAUGGGGGUGAUGAGCGCCUUCCAGGGCGGCUCCCUCUAUCAGGGCUCCCUGAGGCGCCAGGCCACCAUAGCCUGUUCUCACCCUCGCGGGGCAGGCCACACUAACCCCUGCUCUCACGCUGUUCUCGCGCACGGCCAUCCACGUAGUAAGAGCGUUCCGUAGCUCGCUCUUCGAGGGAUUCCAGAGCCCCGACCUCAACGCCUCCAUCCACGAGUUCAUGUCCAUGCCAACCUACAGCAUGGCCGACUCCUACACGGAUCUACCGCUGGCUGUGGAGCAGGACCAGGCCGCCACUGCUGCCGCCCCCACGCACAGCUUUGAGAUGGCUUUCUAGGCCAGAACCUGUCAACCCUAAGCACCCUGUAGCAGUGAGAUAUAGAGAAUGUUAUACGCAUGGAAGCUGCAGGUCAGGUAGAAGUGAGAGGGAGGUCUGUGGUAAAUGAGGGGUUCAGGCCAAGUGUUGCAACAUGUCCUGGCAUUCCUACGAUUGUCCUCUGUGUGAGGCUACUGUCUUAUGAAAUAUUUCAGUCUUCCCAGAACGUUAACAUUUCUGGUUCUUGUCAAUUGGGUAAUGAUACACAAUGCAAGGCAAUGCAUUCACUUGUAGUUCUGCCUUCUCAUGGUUUUGUGAGACAUUGCUACUCCUUGUGAUAUAUCCAAUUUUGUACCUCAGAGGUGGCAACUCAUAGACUGGUUAUUGAGAUUCCCAGGCCUGUUCGGAAUGGAAGAGCCCUUCAAUACACGCCACUGUUGCUCGUCAACACCCGAAUGUCCAGGCGACACAAAAUUAUGAAUUUUUAAACGCUGUUUCUGGGCCCUGUAUACAGGCUCGGUAGAUACAUGUUGAACUAUUUAUAAAUACCCCAGGAAGUAAUAGGGAAUUAUUAAGACUCGGACAAAAACAAGCCACGUUAUUUGUAAUUCUCGACACUUCUUCCACCAAUCUCGGUAAAUCGUGUGACACUCUCCUCUGUAAGAAGAUAUGAGAGCCAUCGGCUUUCACAGUUCUGUCUUCUACCACCCGUUGAGAAGAAAGUUACAGGGUCGUUAGAAAUCAGUGGGGUAUCUAUAAAUGAAUCACCAUGUACAAAAAAGAGGCCCCCCUUAUGCGACCCAGCUCUGUGACCGUGCAUGCCCGUCGGUGUUACUAAGGUGCGCGUCACACCGCCGGGUAAUUGCCGUGCAAAAAUCCACCCUCAAUUGAUUCGCUCCUUAAUAAUUCAUCGCACGCGUUUGAGGCAACAGCUGCCAUUAUGAAGCCACAUGCACUGUACGCUGAGCAAAAAGGACUGCACCUCAAUGAGCAAUAGGGUCUCUGUUGAGUCUUUGACAAGGAGGUAGUGGGGGGGGGGGUUAUAACUGACGAGUGUACCACACUACAACGUUACAGGCGAUCAUUAAGACACCACGAACGAAAGUUGGGAUUUGACGUGUGCGUUAUUUAUAUUGCAUCGCUGUAGCCGUAGGCCCUGGAGUGUAACAGUUGUGGGCAGUAAGAUAACGCCGAGUGGUCUGUAUAUGGUGCGUCUUCGAAAUACCAUUCUAAUCAGGGAUGACUACCCCUGAUAUAUCCGUUUUUUAAUCCCGUUAUUUUCAUGCAGACCCAAUCGAUCCAAUUUUUACAAUGUGUAAUGUUAGUUUGACAUUUUUUUUAAAGGGUGACCUUUACAUCAACGCAGCUCUGAUGUUAUAUUGCUUGUACACAAUAAAAACGUAUGUAUAAAUAAUACAGUCUAAAACAAAUGGAAACCAAAAAAAACAUCGAUGCCACCGAAAAUCAUGAGACAUUGAUGGAUGGAACCCACAAUCCAAUGCUGCAGUUGAAGUAACUUCAGAGGAACAGAACAAAAACACUGGGACUGCCUGGCGUGUGACAAUUCUGCCGAGUGCCGAGACGUGGCUAGCAAGUCAGCACGUUCUGUUUAAGCGUAAUUAGUGCUAUUUUAUUUUUGUUUCAAUCUUCCCCCCCCCCCCCCCCCCCAUUUUUAGGGGUCUCAGUAAAAAAAGAAUCCCGUUAUAUGGGGCCCACUGUAUAUCCAAAAUUGUAAACGACGCAGAAACCCAGUACGACACAAACAUUAAUGCAGGCCAGAAAACAAAUAAAUCAUGUUGGGAUGACCACAAUUUUCUCAACUUGCUUCUUUUGAGCUGAUGGGCCGGCAGCUUCGGUGCAUCCAAUGCGAGUCUGUGUUGCAUUGUAAACUCCACGGUGUAUAUCCAUCCACGGUUUUUCCAGGACACACACUGCACGUCUCAUCAUACAUCUGGAUGCAGGCGGCUUCUACAGCAGCAGGUGUUGCGUGCAGUCCGGAGGAAAUGCUGUUUCUCAGUUCAGGGGCUUGUAUACUGCCCAGAGCUCUGUAGUUGUGUAUUGUUUUCAGUAAAUGCAUGGCUUCCACCGUUCUUGAUGUAGGUGUCUUGCAGAGACUGUAAUGAACGUCCAGCUGCUUUGUACUCGCAACUCCGGGAUAUGACCCGUGAAUUAUGAGUACAUUUGACCGUACGAGGUGCAUGCUCAAAUGUGUAAAGGUACCACCACUCACCCCCCCCCCACGCCUAAACCUUGUGACGGAACAAGGGAUGACCUCGAUAAUAUAAUCCAACUUUCGAAA